AAAGUAGGGUUAAGUAAAUAUAGAUUACACAAAUAUGACGAGUAAAUAGAUAUAAAAAUUAAAGAUAAGACAAAGAAACACCGCUAUAACUCAAAAACCGACAUGAGAAUCGCUAUUAUAGGAGCAGGAGCAGCCGGCCUGGCGGCCCUCAGGCAUUCCCUUCAGGAGCAACAUUCCUGCGAAGUGUUCGAGCAAACUGGUUCCAUAGGAGGCACCUGGAACUACACCGAUGAGAUCGGAACUGAUCAUUUCGGUUUACCCGUCCACUCGUCCAUGUACCAAGGGUUAAGAACGAACCUUCCCAAGGAAUUGAUGCAAUUUGAAGACUUUCCAUUUCGGUCGCCCGAACGGUCGUACGUCGGGCAAUCUGACGUUCUCAGAUACAUCAAAGAUUAUGCCGAGCAGUUUCGAUUGAUGUCCUACAUAAAAUUUUUUACAACUGUCGUGCGAGUGUCUCCAUUGGAACAUGGCCGUUGGUCCUUGGAUGUAAAAGACCUAAAACUAGGAUCUAUAGAAACGAAGACGUUCGACGCCGUUUUCGUCUGCGUGGGGAACUACAAGACGCCCUUUUUACCAGCCUUUAAAGGCGUCGAGACGUUCAGAGGUGCCACCAUACACAGUCAUUCCUUCAGGAAAACGGCACCCUUUGCUGAUAAAAGGGUGCUGAUCGUGGGGUCAGGUCCUUCGGGAUUGGACAUAGCCAGGUUAAUUAAUACAGUAGCUAAAAAAGUGAUUCUGUCUCACCGGAGUCCUUGGAAUCCUUUGAAUGUUCUACCUGAAGAAAUCCUGAAGAAGCCGGAAAUUCGAGAGUUCAAGGAGCAUUCAGUGGUGUUUAACGAUGGUACAGAAGAAGACAUUGAUAAUGUCGUAUUUUGCACAGGUUAUUUAUAUUCAUUUCCGUUUCUCUCGGAUGAGUGUAAAAUUCAAGUGGAGGAUAAAUGGGUGAAGUAUUUGUACAAACAAAUAAUCAAUAUCAAUCACCCUACGAUGGCGUUUAUUGGGAUUCCAUAUCAAAUAUUUCCAUUCGUAAUUUUUGGUAUUCAGGUGCGGUUUUUCUUGGCCUACCUUUCAGGCAAGUUUACAGCAUCUAAAAAUGACAUGAUGGGCGAUUUGACAAUUUACAUGAACCAACGCAGAGACCGGGGAAUACCGGAUAGCAAAGCGCACAUGUUGAGUCUGGAUCAAGGUGACUACAUGGACGAUUUGGCGGCUACUGCGAAUAUUCAAAAAGUGCCUCACGUAUUUAUUAAAAUGUACAAAUACGUCCAUUCCGAUGGCAAAGGAAAAAUGGAUUUAUCCUAUCGAAUAGUUGACGAAAACGAGUUUGAAAUUUUGAAAAAUAGCAAAAUUGACAAUUAUUUGCGUGUAGAAAAUACUCCAUGAAAAUUUACCCUAUCUAAAGUG